UUCCAUAAAAAGUUAAAAAACCAACCCAGCAAAUCAGCUACUGCACUCUUCAUCCCACUCCUUUCUGAUUCAAUUAUUCAUCCUCCAUUUCAACUAAAUAGCCUAAAUUAUUACCUGAAAAUCCAAACAUAUCCAUUUCCCACGACCCCAUUUCUCAUAAUCCAAAUCAAAUCAUCGAGAUGGGUUUUGCCAAGAAGGAGCACGAGUUUCUGAGCGCGAUCGGUCUGGCUCCCGAGAAUCCUGGAGGAUUCAUCAAUGGCAACUGGAAGGCAAGCGGUCCGGUUAUCUCCACUGUCACCCCUUCCAACAAUCAGGAAAUUGCAAAAGUCACGGAAGUGUCGAUGGAAGAUUAUGAGGAGGGCCUGCGCAGCUGCAAUGAGGCAGUCAAGACAUGGAAGACUCUUCCGGCGCCAAAGAGAGGUGAGAUUGUUAGGCAGAUAGGCGACGCGCUGAGAGAGAAAUUGCAGCAUCUUGGGAAGCUUGUGUCCCUCGAGAUGGGAAAAAUACUUGCUGAAGGAAUUGGAGAAGUGCAGGAAGUGAUUGAUAUGUGUGAUUACGCUGUUGGACUGAGCCGACAAUUGAAUGGAUCUAUCAUACCUUCUGAACGUCCGGAUCAUAUGAUGUUUGAGGUCUGGAAUCCAUUGGGAAUAGUUGGUGUCAUCACUGCUUUCAAUUUCCCAUGCGCUGUUCUUGGAUGGAAUGCCUGCAUUGCGUUAGUCUGCGGUAACUGCGUUGUCUGGAAGGGCGCACCAACAACUCCUCUGGUGACUAUUGCUGUGACAAAGCUAAUCGCUGAGGUUCUUAAGAGAAAUAACCUACCUGGUGCUAUAUUCACCGCUUUUUGUGGAGGAGCAGAAAUUGGUGAAGCAAUAGCAAAAGACACACGGAUACCCCUGGUUUCAUUCACUGGAAGUUCAAAGGUAGGUUCGAAGGUGCAACAAAUUGUCACUGAGAGAUUCGGUAGAUGCUUACUUGAAUUAAGUGGAAACAAUGCCUUAAUUGUUAUGGAUGAUGCCGAUGUUGGGCUGGCAGUGCGUUCUAUCUUUUUUGCAGCUGUUGGUACUGCUGGUCAGCGCUGCACAACUUGUCGUAGAUUGUAUCUUCAUGAAAGCAUAUACCAAAAUUUAUUAGAUCAACUAGUUGGACUUUACAAGCAAGUCAAAAUUGGGGAUCCUUUAGAGAAGGGAACUCUAGUCGGUCCAGUACAUACUAAGGCAUCGAGGGAGAAUUUUGAGAAGGGGAUUUCAACCAUAAAAUCUCAGGGUGGAAAGAUCCUUACAGGCGGAUCGGUUAUAGAGUCAGAUGGCAAUUUUGUUCAACCAACAAUUGUUGAGAUUGCUUCAAAUGCUUCCGUGGUGAAAGAAGAAUUGUUUGGCCCCGUUCUCUAUGUUAUGAAGUUUAAGACUCUUGAAGAAGCAAUUGAACUGAACAAUUCAGUACCACAAGGACUGAGUAGUUCAAUUUUCACAAGCAAGCCCGGUACUAUUUUCAAAUGGAUUGGGCCACAUGGUAGUGAUUGUGGUAUAGUGAAUGUAAAUAUACCUACAAAUGGAGCUGAGAUUGGCGGUGCCUUUGGCGGAGAAAAGGCAACUGGCGGUGGUCGUGAAGCAGGGAGCGACUCCUGGAAGCAAUAUAUGAGGCGUUCAACAUGUACAAUCAACUACGGGACUGAACUACCACUUGCUCAGGGUAUAAAUUUCGGCUAGUGAACCAGGCGUCACAGCAAAGCUCGGUCUAAACUCUUGGUCAUGACAUGUCAAGGAAAAGGUACAUUCUGCCGAAUCUGCUGCUGUCAUGGUUACGAGUACCGUGCCAGCUUGAAUGUGUGAAAAAGAAACCUUAAACAGAUGUUUAUGAUGCUUUGGUCUCUGGCUGAUGCCAGAUUUCUAAUCUUGACAAAUAAAUGGAACUUUCUUUCAUCUUUCUUUUUCGGAAAUAAAAGCAGUCUAUAUUCAAA